ACCUACGCAUAUUUUCUUUCCAAUGAAGAUGCUCUUGUCUUCAUUGCUGUUCCUUCUUUUCAUUGCUACUGCACACAGCGUUUACAAAGAUGGUACUGGAGAUGAGAGAUUGCGUGCUUUUAGACGUUGUGUUGCAGAUAACGACCUUCCCCAGCUGAACACAAGCAAGCCAAGAUGCCCCGUUACCAACACACAGCUACUUAACAUUGCUGCUAAUUCCCGUUAUCAGCAAGAUUAUGGCUUUGGUUGCGAUGAUUUGAUGAGAUUUGCGGACUAUGCCGAGUCACAAAACCUUGAGUUAGAGGAGCUUUCUUUCUUCAACCCCAAUACCACCCAUACACCAUGGCUGAAAUUUGCUGCAUGGAGAUGCUACAAUAGCAUUGCAAAUGAGCUAUGCAAUGAGUACAGUCUGUGUUUGACCCGAAACCAAACCUUGAUGUAUUGGAAACAUUCUUGCACGAUGGAGUUUAUGAGCUUAGUUUCUCGUAGAACAAAUGGAGCAUUCAGUAAUAAGAUUUACACAUAUGUAACGGCAGUGAGUUUAUUAAGAUCUUUUUUUGAGGCUUACUACACUGGGUAUAACUCAGCCAUUACACAGCAUUACCUUUACACAUGCACAUCAGGCUCUGAAUCAAAUAAUCUUGAGAAUUGUCUGAUUAGUUUGUUGGACCAUUGCUUUGCAUUGGAGGAUGUCUAUUAUUAUUAUUCGUACUGGUGCUAUAUUGGAGUCAUGAACAGACUAUGUGUCCAGUUCAGAGGUGAUGAAAGGCUUCGUUGCAGAAUUUUGAUAGAGACAAGACUGGAAGUCAGUCUGGAAAAUCAGUGUGCCAACGAAAACAAUGAAGGAAAAUGUGAGAAAAUACUGACUAGCAUUGUCGAUGAAAAGCCAAUUGCUGAUUUGAAUUUUACUGAUAUUGAUCAAGUGAAAGCUGUUGUUGCUGGUAGCUCUCGUCGAGCCAAUUAUACAAAUGAAACACUGACACAACUGAACAGGAUUGUUGAUUAUUUCACUUUGAAUGAGUCUGUUGUUUCACAAAACAUUGACAAGCAAGAUGCAAAUACAUUUUUAUCAGUUGUUAGUACACUUGCUAGUGAUGAAGGAACGAGAAAUCUAAGAGAAAACAGCACAAAUAAUUCUGGUGCAAUGCUAUUGCGUGAUCUGGAUAAAAUAUCUAAAGUAAUUGGUUCUGCUGUGGUAACUGAAAAUGAACAAAUAGAAGGAAAUUAUGCCUACAAUGAUGAGAAUAUAGGUUUUUUCUUGGCUCUUGGCUCUAGUGAUACAAAUUAUUCAUCAGGAGCUCUAAAACUCAAUAAGACUGAUACUACUUCUCCUUACAUGACUGCUGAAAUUAGUAUAUCAGCCACCAGCAUCUGUGGGUUUGCAACGACUGAUGAAAGCAUUGGAAGUGGUGAUGAUUUUGACUAUUACUAUGAUUAUCCCAAGAUAUGUGAAGGGAGACCAAAGUGUGAUAUAGAUGGGUAUAUUUACUAUGAUUUGUACACAAUAUUUGGUGACUGUUCAAAAAAGCUAAAAAUACCAAACAGCUGUCCGUCUGUGGUAGCAACUUCAAUAGCAGACAAGCUUCCCUUGUUACUCUCGGAUGACCUUCCUUCAAAUAUGACAAUAGCCAGUCUAGUACUUUCGAGUCAAAUUGUCAUGAAGAAUGAAGAUAAUUCGACAUCUGUCACUCAUUCACUCAAAGAGAAUGCAACGCUUAAUUUCAAACUUUUAAAACCAAUAAAUCUUACAGAAUACAUUCCAAGAUGCUACUAUUGGGACACUGUGGAAAAUAUGUGGUCUGAUGCAGGAAUUGAGACAGAGGUUUUAACUAAUGAUGAAGUCAAGUGCAUUACAAGCCACUUGACUAGUUUUGCUGUAUUAGUUGAUCAUCAAGGAUUAAUUGGAUCUGCAUCAUCAAGUUCAUCUGAAAAUGCUACAAGUAUUUCAAGUACCGAAUUACAGGCACUAUCAAUUGUUGGAUACAUUGGUCCUAGCAUUUCUCUAGUGUGUCUCAUCGUUGCACUUGUUAUAAUGAUCCUCUUAAGGAAAAAAAUGAACACAACCUUUUUAUACUUUGUUCAUAUCAACCUGUGCAUUUCACUAGUAUUGGCAUUGUCUGUACUGAUAGUUGGAUUGGAAACGGCUGACCAUUACAGUUGGCUGUGUUCAAUUGUUGCUGGUCUUCUUCAUUAUCUCUUCCUCUGUGUGUUUGCUUGGAUGCUUGCUGAAGGGAUCACACUGUGCAUAAUGGUUACAUAUGUAUUUGAAAUGAAGUUUCUCAAGUGGCAGAUCUUUUUGCCGGCAGCAUGGGGUAUUCCAGUAUUGAUUGUUGCAGUAGCUGCUGGUAUAAGAUAUGAGCAAUAUGGAACAGAAAAUUAUUGUUGGCUCUCAACUGAAAAAGGUCUUAUAUGGGCUUUCUUGGGUCCAGCUCUUGGAGUUGCUUUGGUCAAUACAAUCUUUCUAAUAAUCACAGUGGCUCAGCUAGUCAGAGUUACAUGCAGUAAGGUGGACACCAACAACAGCAAAACUUCGAAAAACUUCAAAGCUGCUAAGUCAGCUAUAUUUGGUACAAUCAUUUUGUUUCCUUUGCUUGGCAUUACUUGGACCAUUGGAGUGUUUGGUGUCAGUCAGGAUACUACGUUUUUCCUGUGGCUCUUCACAAUUUGCAACUCACUUCAGGGCGUGUUUAUUCUUAUAUUCCAUGUGCUUAAGCACAAAGUUGUCUUGACAUGGCUUGCACGUAGAUUCCCAUGCCUGGAUAGAUGGAUUGAGGUGCACACAAGUGCUGAGGCAAGCAGAAGAUUGUCAAAACAAAGGCUCUCUGUUAUUCAUGAUCCAAAGCUUCCUAAAAGAAGACUGUCUGAUCAGUUUGGUAUCAUAUCCCAGGUUGAAGACAGCACUGUGAUGACAGAUCUCGAGCCUAUAAUAGAGGAAGCAGAAGAGAAUGAUGAUUAACUUGCAACUAAUUUACAAUUUGCAAAACACUACAGCUAGCUAUAUCCCCUAAUUUUCAAAUUGCUGCUUCUCAUUAAAAUUAA